AUGGGGAACUCCAAUGAGACAGACAACAUGGAGCUUCGCGAGCCCAGCAAGGAUUCUAUGGUCUCCGUCGACCGAAUUUCUGACGAGCCGAAGACCACCAUCGACCAUGAGAAGAAUGUCGCGAAGGCGUAUCCGUCUUCCUCGCAAGGCGGUGGCGGCUCUUUGAGGCGACUUUUCAGUUUCGCCCAGCUGCUGGCAUUUUCUCUGACUUUUAUGGAAUCCUGGGAGGUCAUGGCCAUCAACAUUUCCGCCACGUUUUGGAAUGGUGGCCCGAGAUCUCUCGUCUGGGGAUGUAUCGCUGUGGUCAUCGGUUCUCUUGCGCAAGCGUAUUCUAUGGCUGAAUUGGGCUCAAUUCUCCCCAUCGCCGGUGCUCAGUAUCACUGGACUCACAUUUUGGCACCGGACAACUCGAGAAAAUUUAUCACUUGGAUGCAAGGAUGGGUUACUUGGUUUGCCUGGGUCUCUGCCCUCGCAGGGAGUACUUCUGGAGAAGCCGCCCUUCUGCAAGCCUUGAUCGCCGAAAAUAUGCCUGGAUACACUCCCGAGAGGUGGCACCUCACCCUCAUUAUGUGGGCCCUUCUCAUCAGUGUCGGUCUCAUGAACAUGUACAUUUUCUGGCUCAUCCCGUGGCUGGAAUUGACCGCAGGUAUUAUGCAUGUGAUCCUGUUCAUCAUCUUCGUCGUGGUGCUGGUGACCCUUGCUCCGAGACAAGAUACGCACUUCGUCUUCUUUACGGAAUCUAUAUUAUCAGGUUGGGAUCGAAGUAGCUUUGUUGCUUUCAACCUGGGAAUGUUGGCACCCGCGUGGGGUUUUAUCGGUUUCGAUGGUGUCGUUCACAUGUCCGAAGAAGUCCGAAAAGCCAAGCAUGCCGUUCCCCGAUCUAUGAUUCUGACAAUAGUCAUCAACGGUGUCAUGGCGUUCGGUAUCAUUCUGGUUCUGCUCUACACGAUGGGGGACCCGGACGGAGUUUUGGACGCAGCCUACCCCAUUAUUCCCAUCUGUCUCAAUGCCACCGGCUCAAUGCCAGCUGCAAACGCUAUGGUUUCAGGAUUGAUUAUUGUCACCUAUUGUGUGGUUGCAGCCAGCGUUGCUUCCGUUUCGCGCAUCACCUGGGCAUGGGCUCGUGACGGGGCGCUUCCCAGAUGGCUUGCGAUUAUUGACCCCAAGCAUCACGUUCCGACCAACGCCCUCUGGAUCCCGAUUAUCAUCGUCAUGCUGCUGGCUCUUCUUAAUAUCGGAUCAACCGCCGCGACCGCUUUCAGCGCCUUUACUGCCUUGUCCUCCCUUGGUCUCUACACCUCCUACAUCAUUGCGAUCAGCUGCAUUUUGCACGCCCGCUUCACCGGUCGCCUUAGCGACAAGCCCGGUGCCGCAGUUCCUUACGGAGGAUGGCGCAUGUGGAAAGGCUUUGGAGCGCCAGUCAACAUUUUUGCUUUAUGCUGGACAAUUUACUUGACCAUCUGGCUCCCAUUCCCCACUACCCUACCCGUCACCGGUACGAACAUGAACUAUGCCCUUCCGAUUUAUGCCUUUGUCGUCAUCUGCUCUCUGGUGUAUUGGUUCGUCUGGGGAAAGAAACACUGGCCCGGUUUGAAUCUUGCCGCAAUUGGUAUGGUCGAGGCCCACGACUGA